AUGGAAGAAAAAUACUCAUUUAAGAAUCUCCAUAGCCGAGAAUAUUCCGGUCACAAGAAGAAGGUGCACUCCGUGGCUUGGAAUUGCAUUGGCACAAAACUUGCUUCUGGUUCUGUUGAUCAAACAGCUCGAAUCUGGCACAUUGAACCACAUCAUGGCCAUGGUAAAGUUAAAGAUAUUGAAUUGAAGGGUCACACUGAUAGUGUGGAUCAGCUAUGCUGGGACCCCAAACAUCCCGAUCUUAUUGCGACUGCAUCGGGUGACAAGACUGUUCGUCUCUGGGAUGCUCGAAGUGGAAAAUGCUCACAACAAGCAGAACUUAGCGGGGAGAACAUCAACAUCACCUACAAACCGGAUGGUACUCAUGUAGCAGUAGGUAAUAGGGAUGAUGAAUUAACAAUACUUGAUGUUCGGAAAUUCAAACCAAUUCAUAGGCGCAAGUUCAACUAUGAGGUAAAUGAGAUUGCUUGGAACAUGACCGGCGAGAUGUUUUUUUUAACAACUGGAAAUGGGACUGUGGAAGUAUUGUCUUAUCCAUCUCUUCGGCCCCUUGAUACCCUCAUGGCUCAUACAGCUGGUUGUUAUUGCAUUGCAAUUGACCCAACAGGAAGACAUUUCGCCGUUGGAAGUGCCGAUUCCCUUGUCAGCUUAUGGGUUAUCUCAGAGAUGCUUUGUGUGCGUACCUUUACAAAGCUCGAAUGGCCGGUCCGUACAAUUAGUUUCAAUCAUACCGGGGACUUGAUUGCUUCAGCAAGCGAAGACUUGUUCAUUGAUAUUUCAAAUGUUCAUACUGGAAAAACAGUACAUCAUAUUCCAUGUAGAGCUGCGAUGAAUAGUGUUGAGUGGAAUCCUAAAUACAAUGUACUUGCAUAUGCCGGAGACGACAAAAACAAGUAUCAGGCUGAUGAAGGUGUUUUUCGAAUUUUUGGUUUUGAAAAUGCUUAG